GUUUAUCCCGGAAAUGGCCACGCAAGCGACCGGACUGUUUGGAGAACCAUAACAACUCUAGCUAGAUAAUUGUCCAUUUUCAUUUUACAACAUGCUGUCAGAAGAAGGAUAUUAGCUUCAUUUACGGUAUCAUAUGCGUUUCGUUGGAUAUCGUUCGUGGUUUUACAACCGGUGAAUAACCGACCAUGAAGAGGGACCAGUCAGAUGGACAGACAUCUACCUUCCUCUCUUCUCUAACCAUGUGACAAAAUAAUUCUGCUCACCAAACAUUUUUCUACCACGCCAAAAGGGGACGAAUUAUCUCAAGAUGCCUCGGUUGGAAGACGUCGCCAACAUUGUUCUGAGGGUGCCAAGCAUCCUGGUACUGGACUUGCUCUAUAAAUGUGACAUUGAUAGCUUCACAGAGCACCUCAGGGCGAAGAACGAAGACAUGCUCUUCAAAUACAAAUAUGUUAUCUGGAACCUCUAUUACCUAGGUCACGUGAUCAACGUGGUGAUGUUACUUUUACCAUUGAGACACAUCGUCAAGCUCUACCUCUACAUCCUCACCACUCUGCUCUUUUACGUGGGACACCAGAUCUCCAAGGACUAUGUCCAUGGAGAGGUGCAGUAUGGGUAUGACGGAGCCCUGUACCUCGACUCUCAGGCCUUCAACCGCUUUGUCUCUUCCCUGACUAGUCAGGUCAUAUUGAGUACGUUGUGUGCCUUCCUCAUGAAGACCAGGAAGGUGUGGCUGUUCUCUGCCCACCUUCUGCCCCUAUUGGCCCGUCUCUGUGCCAUGCCCCAUAACACCCUGCUAUUGGUCAACUCCUUCUCCACGGCCCUGACUGGAAUAGGUGUGGCCAUGUUCCUCCUGUCCAAUCUGUUCGUGCCGUACCGGCUGGCCAGGGCAGCCUACUCUGAACUGCUUCAACUGGAGGUGAUAGAGCUCUAUAGACUCCUAGCGGUGACCAUCUCUCUCUGGAAUCAGUUUGCAGUGCCAGUGUUGUUCAGUGUGUUCUGGUCUGUGCUGUUUGUGGUCCAGCUGUGUUCUUACUCCAUGACCAACAAUACAACAGGCAGCCAUGAGGGGGUGCUGUUCUUCCUCCUCACAAGUGUCUCUGAGUGCUGUGUCACGCCCUACUCCCUGCUGGGCCUGACAUCGGUGGUGUCUUACCUGGGCCUGGGGCUGCUCAACCUCACCAAGUUCUACCUGGGGGGCUACACUGCAGUACAGAAUGACAAUGUCAUGCACAGAGGUGUGACUGAGGGGGUAACGUUGCUGCUGCUGGCUCUUCAGACGGGUCUUUUAGACAUGCAGGCUCUGCAACGCACCUUCCUCCUCAGUAUCAUCCUCUUCAUCGUCGUCACCUCCACUCUGCAGUCCAUGAUAGAGAUCACAGACCCCAUCAUCCUGGCCCUGGGGGCGUCUAGAAACAGGAGUCUAUGGAAACACUUCAGAGGUCUCAGUAUGUGUCUGGUCCUGCUGGUGUUCCCAGGAUACAUGGCAUAUAAAAUCUCCCAGUUCUUCCACAUGGACUUCUGGCUCCUCAUCCUGGUCUCCAGCUGCAUGCUCACCUCUCUGCAGGUGACAGGUACCUUGCUGAUCUACUCCCUCUUCAUGGUUGACCUGUCCUGUAGCGACCCUAUAGACAGCCUGGAUGAGAUCAUCUAUUGGGUCAAUGCAGUCAGCCGCGUGCUGGAGUUCGUUGUGGCUCUCUGCGUGGUGGCCUACGGGACCUGGGAAUCUCUGUUUGGGGAGUGGAGCUGGAUGGGCGCCUCAGUUAUCAUCAUACACUGCUACUUCAACGUGUGGCUCAGAGCCCAGACCGGCUGGAGGAGCUUCCUGCUUAGACAGGAAGCAGCCAAGAAGAUCAACUCCCUCCCCCGGGCCACGGCCAAUCAGCUGCAGCAACACAACGACGUUUGUGCCAUUUGCUUCCAGGAAAUGAGCUCAGCCGUGCUGACGUACUGCGGACAUUUCUUCCAUGGAAACUGCCUGCGUAAGUGGCUCUACGUCCAGGAGACUUGCCCCAUGUGCCACCAGGCCGUCCGCCCCACCCCGCCAGCCCCAGCCCACACGGCAGGAGACUUCCAGGCUGCUCCUCUGCCCUCUAGAGGUACUGGGCCAGGCCGGGUAGAGGAGAGGAGACGCUCCAGAGAUCAGACUCCAGGCAGGGACGCCACACACCAGCCCCCAGCUAACCUGCUGUCCCCAGGCUCCCCAGAUCAGCAGGAAGGGACAGAGAGCCUGGGAGAGGGAACCAGUGGUUCAGAUAGAGAGGACAGAACGGGACGCCCACUUAGGAAACCUGUCCAGGAUCUCCACUUCAGCUCCACUGGGGACUUUGUAGGCUUCGUCAGCCCAGGCUCUUCUGAGGGUAGUCCUAGUCCAAGGAAGCAGAACCUGGAGCCUUGGGAUGGAGCUCAUCCUACCAACAGGUACAACGGUGAAGGGGUUGACUACACGAUCAAAGGACUAUUGGUACAAUCUGCUCCCAAAGAGCAGAAUGGCAGAGUAUUGACUAGAGUGAAUGGGGCUAGAGAGAACUGCCAGACUGAGAACAACAUUGUAGGAGAAAACCAAUGUAGACCUAUGUCAGGGACAACAACCAGAAAGACCUCAAGGUCUAAGAGUGUGAGCGGGAUAGGAGACGUCACCCAACAGAUCCGCGAACACAGGGGACGACCACGGUCACACACUCUAGAUGGUGGACAUGCACAGCAGGAUGAAAGCCAAUCAGAACUGGACACGCCCUGGGAUGUUAAAUCUACCCGGCGACAGAGAUCUAGGCUACGCAGUAGCACCAGAACAGAGGAGGAGGGACUCCGUCACAACAGAACAGAGGAGGAGGGACUCCGUCACAGCAGAACAGAGGAGGAGGGACUCAGUCACAACAGAACAGAGGAGGAGGGACUCCGUCACAACAGAACAGAGGAGGAGGGACUCCGUCACAACAGAACAGAGGAGGAGGGACUCCGUCACAGCAGAACAGAGGAGGAGGGACUCCGUCACAGCAGAACAGAGGAGGAGGGACUCCGUCACAGCAGAACAGAGGAGGAGGGACUCCGUCACAGCAGAACAGAGGAGGAGGGACUCCGUCACAGCAGAACAGAGGAGGAGGGACUCCGUCACAGCAGAACAGAGGAGGAGGGACUCCGUCACAGCAGAACAGAGGAGGAGGGACUCCGUCACAGCAGAACAGAGGAGGAGGGACUCCGUCACAGCAGAACAGAGGAGGAGGGACUCCGUCACAGCAGAACAGAGGAGGAGGGACUCCGUCACAGCAGAACAGAGGAGGAGGGACUCCGUCACAGCAGAACAGAGGAGGAGGGACUCCGUCACAGCAGAACAGAGGAGGAGGGACUCCGUCACAACAGAACAGAGGAGGAGGGACUCCGUCACAGCAGAACAGAGGAGGAGGGACUCCGUCACAGCAGAACAGAGGGACUCCGUCACAACAGAACAGAGGAGGAGGGACUCCGUCACAACAGAACAGAGGAGGAGGGACUCCGUCACAACAGAACAGAGGAGGAGGGACUCCGUCACAGCAGAACAGAGGAGGAGGGACUCCGUCACAACAGUACCUUGGCGAAGUGGUGAAGUCCACUGAAAAUCCCCACAAUGCCUUGUUUUUGUGAAACAACGUUGGAAAACUAAUGUCCUACCUUUCAGCUGGCAGUCUGAUAAUACAUGUGUUUAUUUAGUUAUUUAAUUAAUGGUGUGUGUACUGGAUUGGAUUUAGGGGCAAACAUGUAAAACCCAAGAUAAGAAAUGAUAUCUAUGAAAUGCACAAUUAUAGAUUAAGGCUGGGCGGUAUACUGUAUGGGUCAAUGAUGAGUAAAAAAAUUUAAAGUAAAAAAAAUUUUUGGCGGAAAAAUAUAAAUUUUUAAACACUUUUGUAUGUUCCCUAUGCAUAUUCAGUGUUUGUCGCACAAUUUAAAAAAAAACAUUUUGACUGUUAAAAUGUACCUCCUAAAAAAAAUAUAUAUAUAUAAUAAUUCGGGGAAAAAUAUAAAAAUAUUCAGACCGUUAUUUAAAACAAAGAAGAGUAAAGCAUGAAUAUGUUCAUGGUCUCAAGUAGUCAACAGCAGAGCAGUAAAACAACUACACAGUAUAACGAAUCUGAACUGGACAAUCCCUCAUGUUGAAUGAUUGUCAACUACGAUAUCUCUAGACAAAUGAAAACCAUAUCAAAUUUAACAAAAAAAAUGUAUUUUUCUCUUAUAGACUGAGCGUCUCUGCAUUUCUGAUACAAAAAUAAUGCUGUUUUUUAACAUUAAAAAUACUGGUUGAGCCAAAUGAUUUAUUUUA